AUGGGUCCAUCAAAAGGGCAAGAGCAGAUGUCCAAUGCUUGGACAAUCUAUGACAACAUCGAGCAAUACAGGGGUAAAGUGGCUCUUAAAGAGCGUGACCACAGGGCCUACUUUGAAAGUUCUCAGUUCAAGAAAAGGCAGCAUGAAGAAGAAAUCGCAAUACUCAGACGAGAUAACAAAGACACGAGAGUGACCCUUGCACAGAAAACACUUAAGGGGGACGCCAGGGUGAUAACACAAGCUUUGUCGAGUCGGAAAGAGGAACAGCUAGCCCUUCAACGUAAAACAGCCGAGAAUGCAAUUCAUGAACUGGAUCUAAAGGUGUGCGAGAAAGCGAAGCAACUGAAUCUUCUUCGUUAUGAACGACUGCAAAAGAUGCAAAGUAUUUCUGACAUGGACGCGUCUAUGGCGCAAGAAAAAUCUGCUCUGAAAAAGCACGGAAAACUUGCAAAAUAUGAUCAACAGACAAUCCGUAUGAUUGAAAACAACCUUGACAAGGCAAAAAUCAAGCACGAUAUGGCCACGAAGAUACAACGAAAUUAUAUUGAAAUUCUUCAAUGUUUAGAGGAGGAACGCCUUACCCUCCCUAAGAAACUGCGUUGUUUGGAGAGAACUCUAGAAGAGCAGCGAAAAGAGCUUGUUGAGUUGAAAGACAUCAACAAAGAUGCUCAUGUUAAAAAGGACUUGGCAAAGUCAGAGUUAACCCAACUGGAGCAGAAGAUGAUAGAAGCAAAGCGAUCACGUGAUCGUACUCUGACCCGGAUGAAGAAACAAGCAGAGAGACAGAAAGAGAUGGCAGAGAAGAUAGAAAGACGAGCGAGAGCGACCUUGCAGACGGAUGAUGCAACGCAAGAUACCAAGCGCCAGUCACAAAUGGAUGAAGAUAAUUGGGUUAAGGUGACGACGUACGAGGAAGCUUUCCAGAGGAUAAAGGAUGCGACGGGUGUCUCCGACAUAAACGAGAUUGAGGCCCGUUUUCUAAGUCAGAACAACACCUUUGAGCACCUGGAACAACAAAAGCAAAGCGGUGAAAAGCAACGGAAAUGGCUUGAGGAACAGAACAGACAACUCUUAGAGCAGUAUGAGGCCCUCAAAUACAGCGGCGAAAGUAAAAUGUCUCAAGGGGAGCAACUGUUGGAGCAGAUGCAAGAUCAUCUUGAGAAAGAGACGGUACGAAGAGACACUGCUAAGAGGAACCUUGAGAAUGCUUACAAGUUACUUUCCAACCUCAAGAGCGGCAUCAAGCACCUUGUGGAUACUCUCAAAGACAUCAAAGUUAGAGGGUCUCUUCGUAAUAUGACCAUGUUAAGUGAUGAUCCAGUAGAACAACUCAACAUCUGUGAGAUCAAACUUCUUCAUAUGAUGCAACAAGCCAACGUCAAAGAUUCUACAACAUUCUGGAAAGUUAAAAACAGUCCAGAGUUUCAGGAAUUUAUGGAGAAUCAUUUGGAGCCUGAAAAUCUUCGAAUACGGAUGGAUGAACCAGAUGCUUAUGACUCGGAUGAGUUCGGUUACGACAGCCAAGAUAAUGAGGAUAUGCUGACCAAUGCAGACAUCAAGAGACAAGGCCAAAAUCUAAUGAAUGCUAAGAAAUCAAAACGAAGAAAGAAGAAAAACUAA